CAGCAAUCUGCUGUCGCAGCUUCAUGUGCUAGUCUCAUCCAAGCCGUGCUACCUAAAAUGGCCUUUUCUCUCUGGCUCGCAUUGCUCGCAUUGCUCGUCUACGCUAAAUGCCUGUCCUUCCAUUUUGUCAGGCCACGUCCUCUUCCUUCCUGGGCCAGGAUCGACCGGUAGAGGGAAACUGACAGAUGACCGUGUCAGCCAUCGAAACGACAUGCAGCCGGAUUCUUUUCAGUUCACUGCAAGGAUGUGACCAUAAGGAACAAUCCAGAAUGAACCAGACAGGGAUCCUGUUUGUCAAAGAGCAAGAUGGUGCACCACCACAUUGGAGGCUGCAGGUUCCUGGUUCCUCAAUCAAACCGAUGGAUUGGAAGGGAUGGGUCAAUUCCUUAGCCGCCAUGUUCACCAGGUGGAAAUCACUGUUAGGCAAGGGAAGACAUCUUGAUGUGCCUCACAACAACACUUAUGUUGACGGACAUACAUCGAGACUACGUGCAUUCUACCUUGAUGACGGAAGAAUUGCCCAUAUUGAAGCUGGUCCCAUCAGGGUCGUAGUGAGGGUGGGCAGACACUGCAUUAACAGCAACAAAUGUGCUCCAGUCCACCUUCGGUGAUUAGGGUGUACAGGUUCUCUGGGUUAACUCUGUGUAUCAGGCUACAUCUCAUCUGCUGGCUGCCAUGCCUUCAUCCAGGAUUUCCAAUAAUUGGUCACUGUCAGAGGUUCUGGGCCAACGAAGGCGUCUUUUAGGGCUUGGCGCUCUGCUGGCCUGGUUGGUCCUCUUCCAUCUCCUCGUCAACGUUUGGCUUCUCUGCGUUUUCACUAGUCUCCUGGUUGCUUUAGGAGGUUGGCUCGGAUCGCGAGCCAUUCUGGACGCCAACAGCCUUCUCCACUUGGAGCAUUUUUUGCCACUCGGCGGGGCGACGCCGCCUCAGUGUUCGGCCGAACACGAGUGGAGGCUCAAUCAUGAGAUCCACUGUGCCGUCCACAAAGCAGUCCGGGAUUUUGUGUCUUCCUGGUAUCGCACUCUUCUGCCAGAAGUGGAGGGAGAAUUUGAACGUGCAGUGCGUAAUUCCAUGCUGGAUUCAGUGAUGGAGUUGAAGGAGCGGGCCAGGCGAGUUGACAGAAAGGCUCUGGUCCAGCGCCUUUUAGAGGUGUAUGGCUGCCACCUUCAGAGCUACAUGACCGCCAGACACAUGCAGCUGGAAAAAAGGGGUGAAAACGUUAGCCUUUGGCAGCUUUACCAGGAAGUAGACAGUCCUCAUCCUGCCGUGAGCGACGCAGCCGCUGAGCUCAGUUAUGCCAGAGCUCUGGUUAAUCUCGUCCUACAUGUGCUUGUUCCGUACCCUCAGAUGGAAACCAGGACCGGAGGCUACAUGGUUACUGAACUCAUCACCUGCAAUGUGCUUCUACCGCUAAUAAGUAGGGUGUCUGAUCCCGACUGGCUCAAUCAAACUAUAGUAGAUGUCUUCACCAGGUCGCAAAAACCUCAAGAUACCGCCCUUUACGGGUGUGCUCUUCACGAUUCGUGGAUGACAUGCCUGUCGUCUUCGGAACAAGCGAGCCUCAACAGCGAAAGCAACUCCGAUCUGCUCAGUCCGAUAAGUGAGGAGGACUCCUCUCAGUGUAGCAUGCUGAGCCUGGAGACCUGUUCUGGAAGGGAUGAGAAUUGCCAUCCUGGUCUGCUCACACCGUGUAAGGUCAACUGCUGUUCCCUGACAUCUGGACACUUCUCUCACCUUCAAGAGUCCAAGAUGCACUCCCUGGACUCUUUGACGCAAUCCAACACGGAAGAUGACGUGACCAAACGUUUGUGCGAAUGCGGCCCCUCAACCAAUUUUUGCAACACGAUGAAUUUAAGGGAUGACGCUGACGAUUUUGGCUGCUUCGCACCGCUGAAAAAUCUGGGGCCUAAGGUAGUGGUGCCUGUGGAGUCCCACUGGCCUGCUGGUAUUGCUCAAGAGAAAUCCCCGGCAGGCCCCUCAAGUAGACUUUGCCUGAACCCCUUAAACUUUGACACUCCAACCAAACCAACAGUGGACAUCCAGAAUGUACAGAUUGCUGGUACAGUUACUGCAAAGGAGCAGCGUGGCACUGGAACACAUCCUUAUACUCUCUACACUAUCACGUUUGAGACGGCAACAUGCCCUGAAAACAGUGACCCGUUGCAACCUGCGACCUGUCACACGGUCAAUCGCAGGUACAGCGAGUUCCUCAACUUGCAGACACGAUUAGAGGAAAACCCAGAAGUAAAGAAGUUUGUCAAGAAUGUGAAAGGUCCAAAGAAAAUGUUCCCCGACCUUCCCUUCGGGAACACAGAUUGGGAGAAAGUAGAAGCCCGUAAAGGCCAACUGGAUACGUUCCUGAAGCAACUGAACAGCAUACCUGAAACAGCGAGAAGUGAAGACAUGCAGGAGUUCCUUUCGCUAAACUCAGGGGUUUGCACUUAUUUUGGGAAAAAGCCGUUUGUCAAGUCAAGAAUUGAUAAGAUGAUGGAGAACGCUUUAGACACAUUGAAGACAGCCUUUCCUCACCCCGAGGCUAUGAGUCCUACAGACGAUCUUGAGGGAGACUCUGACGGGAGAACACUGGACAACAGAAAGUACAGGAGGCUCAUGUUCCCAAGCAAAGUGUCUCCAUCUCUCAAUAUACCAGACCUACAUCCUAAAGUGACUUACUGCUUUAGUGAAGGAAGCCCUGUUCUCAAUGGCAUGUCCUUGUCCAGACUGGAGAACUUUGUCUUAGAGCAGGAAAGGCUUUUAUGCAAAGAGCAGGCUAAGCAAAGUGAGCCCUUAGGCACAAACAAAACAACUGGUGGGAAAACUCACAGCCCAGACACAGCUGUGGCGGAUGUUGCACUGAACAUUUUGUGCUUGUUGAUGAAGGACCAGUGGCGUUGGCUGUGCACUGAGAACAUCCAGAAGGCCAUCAGGCUUAUCUUUGGCACUUUUAUUGAGAGGUGGAUGGACGUCGGGGUGACCCAUCUUACCAGCGCCCCCUGUUGGGUGAUUUACCUCCAAGUGCUGCAGGAGGCCGUGUGGCCCGGAGGAACUCUGCCUGCCCAACCACAGCCGGAGCGCAGUCCCGCAGAGAGGGAAGAAACCAAGGAGCGAUGCCUGGAAUGUCUCAUGCAGCUCCUUCCUGAGCUCAUCGCUGACAUGUUAGGCAGUGAUAAGUACAGACUGAGCUUGGAGACCAUGCUGGAGUCUUUACAGGACCACCACAUUAACAAGCAUCUCAUUUACUGCAUUUGUGACCUGCUGCUGGAGUUUCUCAUACCAGAAUCGAGCGACGAUUCCUUCCAGAGGUCUCUCCUGCACAAUCUUUGCAAAGAUACUCCCACAUAAUGGCUGCAGCUGUCCCACAGCUGGAAGCCCAUGCAGAUGAUGGAUUUGUACCUGGAGCGUGGGAUUUAAGCCCAUGUUGCAAUAGCGUCAGUUGGUUCUUGCGCAAUGUCCACAAAUCUUACGUUUUAGGUACGUAUACACAAAAGUCCAGAAAUAUUUUAUAAAAACAGUGGUAUGGAAAAAUAUAUGAACCUUUUGUUAUUUCUCCACCAUCAAAUGUGAUCUGAUCUUUGUCAAAAUCACACAGAUAAAAGAACUGUCUG